GUAAAGCGAGGGUAUGCUGAUAAAUAUGUUGGAGAAAUUAGGGUGAAUCCUGAACCCGCCCUAUAGUUCCCUUUCCCAUCUCCCCCCUUGCUAGGACUGGACGUUUUAUUUUUGGGGAAGGGGAGAGGAGGAAGGGGGAAGGUUUGCUUCUUGGAUGAACGGAAGGGUAUUGUUAAGGGCAAAGCAUUCAGAUCUGAACCUGCUUUGUCUUCAAUUUCCUUUUCACAAGAACCAUGUAUGCAGGAUUCCUCUUCUUACAAUGUCCAAAGAUUCUUAUGCGAAGCAAAAUGAACUUGGACCUAACUAUCUAGGUUACUACAAGCAUCUUUUUUUCGAGCUGUUUUCUCAGAAUGAGGACAUUGCGUUACCCAUUCCGGGAUCAAAUUCUGAACCAUCAGUAGGAGACAAGGGCCGAAAAGAUAAAAGCUGCAGUGCUUCUGGUUCAUUUUUUUCAAGAGGGAUAGGUGAAGAGCUUUCAGAGUUUCAGAAGGAGAAUUUGAAGUCAAUGAUCCAUGAGAGCGCACUUUGUUUUAAUCAAGAAGCUGAUGAGAUAUUUGGUCAAAUUUUAUCAGUAUUCCAGACUGAAUCAGAUCGAAGUAAAAAAGAGCUAUUGUCAGGCUGUGCAAGUGCCUCAGAUGAAGACAUGAAUGAACCUAAUUGUAGUAGGAAGCGGAAAGCAUCUCCUUCUCCCAUAUCGAGAAGUUAUCUCAGCUACACUGACAUUCUUAAUUCCCAAUCUGUUAGGCAGGUUUAUAAUGAUAUUCAAGCUGUUCAAGGAAAUGAUGAAAUAUGCCAGGAGGCCCUGGAGAAGGCUAACGUGAUUUCUGCAACGCUUUGCAAGAUGGAACAGGAUCUUGAAGAAUUUUUGGAUGUGGUGGUAUCCAAAUGCAGAGCAAUGACUCAUGCUGAGAAGCGACAGCUUGGCAAGCAGAUCCAGAAGCUUCCAGACAAAGCAUUUGACCGUGUGGUAGAUAUAGUCCAACAAAGGAACCUCUCGGCAAGACAUAUUUCUGACAAUAUCUUUAUAAAUUUGGAAGAACAGGACAACGUAACACUAUGGAGAUUGUACUACUAUGUUCAAACCAUAAACAAGGCAAACAAGCUCUGACUAAGGCAUGCAUUUUAGAUUGUUAACACCAGCCAACCUUCCAAGUACAUUGUGCAACUUCAUGUUCAUGGAAGACAGCAGUUGGUGUCAUCGAAAAAUUUGCAUGUACGCUGGAUGGCGAAAUUUGUAUGCACAGAAGGAGAAGAAAUGAAACAUGUUAAGUAGGAAUGGCAUCUCCACCCCCCUUUAGAUAUCUCUUUUGAUGGUUCCUCUUUUUUGUUUUUCUUUUACUGGGGCAGGAGCUUGUGUGCAUAAUUAGCGGUGCCAUGUCUAGGAAUCUUGUAAUCAAUUGUACGCUUAGCUAUGUUGGUAGUGUGACAAUGUCGGCUAUUUUGCAGUUGCAUAUCGGCCAGGCAUAUACUCUGUGCGUGUUUUGUAUUGAUAGGCUCAAAAAGUUUGCUAAGUUUCACUUCACAAAUUCAUGCUUUGUAUUACCAAA